AUGGAAGAGCAGAAUGAUGCUGCCAUUGAAUACUUUGACUUGCCACAUUUCACGUUUCGAGACGGCAGCACUUUGAAUCAAGCCCGCCUCGCCUACAAACAGUAUAAUCGUUACGCGACAAAUAUUGCUGUUAUUCCUACCUGUUUCCGAGGAAGGAUCAAUUCGACAUUCACUUUCGCGCAGGGUAUACUGCGCGACUACCGAGUUAUCGUAGUUGCGCUUUUCGGCAAUGGCGAAUCAUCCAGCCCUUCCAACACGGUGGAUUUCCCUCAAAACAUCGACUAUCAUGACUGCGUCCGUGCCCAACAUCAACUCUUGACCCAAGGUCUCGGCCUGAGCUCGAUUGAUAUCAUGGUGGGCUUUUCCAUGGGAGGCCAGACUACAUAUCACUGGCUGGCACUGUAUCCAGGCAUGGUGCGGAAAGCCGUCAUCAUAUGCUCCUCGGCUCGAACCAGUCGCCACAAUCACCAAUUCUUAGAGGGCCCAAAGGCUGCAUUGGAGAGCUCGAUUGACUAUACCCCUGCGAGGAAGGAGCCGGGAAGAAAGGAAGCACACCGUGGCAUUCGCGCUUUUGGCAAAGCAUACUCGGCCUGGCUCACAAGUUCUUCAUGGUUCGAGGAGGAAAUGUAUCAAAAGAUCGGGUACCAGACGCUGGCUGACUGGGACUGCGACGUGACGGGCGUCAACUACACAGGCUGGGACCCGGAUGACCUUUUGACAAUGCUGCGGAUGUGGCAGCGAGGAGAUUUAUCCUCGUGCAGUUCUGACCGCGACGAGUCGUUGGAACUCACUCUGUCGAGAGUGGCGGUUCCGGUACUCCUCUUACCUUGUGAGACCGAUCAGUACUUCAACUGCCGUGCAAGUGAGAAGGAGGCAGAUUGGCUUCCAAACGGACAGUGCAAGAUCAUUCCUUCUGUCUGGGGUCACCUUGCCGGGUCCGGGGCCAGUGUUGAAGAUAUCAAAUGGAUAGAUGGGCAGAUCAAGGAGUUUCUGAAGAAGGCAUAA